UAUAUUGAUCAUAUUUUUGAUUUUACAGAAAUUGAUUAUAGCACCAUGUCUCUACCCCAACUUCUUGCUGGUGUCCUUGAUAAACACGGAGACAGCAUGCAGCAGGCUGCUCUUCUAGCAUACCUUAGACAAGGAGAGGAUGCACAGCAAUAUUUGGAGACAAUAACUGCUGCACGACUCUGUAUGUCUGCUUACAAACACUUCAGCAAAGAGGACGAGCUUGACGCGGCAAGGGCUGAGACUACGCUUGCAAUUGCUAAAUGGGUGAAAGAGCAUCCAUACGCACACCAGGCCCAGACACAAGCCGAGCUAGAGAAACAAAUCCUUCUCUUCAAGCAGAAAAUACAGAAUAUCUAGAGAUGUUCACUGUACAUACAGUGUACAGUCUACAUUGUACAUUGCUCUGUUCGCUUUCUGUACUGUACACUGUUCAGAGUUGUUGAACCUAAACUUGCUGUCCAAUUUUAUCGUAAUUGUUAAACAUUUGAUUUUUACUGAUUUAUAUUGAAUUCUUGUCUCAAUUGUUUUAUCUAUAUUCAUAUUCAAUCUUAAUUUGGUGUUCAUGCAGCAUUUGUUAUCAAUUUUAAAACUUGUUCAAAAAGUUAUCCCUGAAAAGUUUACAAACUAAAUUUUAAAUGAGAAUUUUU